CCCUACCCUACCCUACCCUACCCUAGGCACUGGUAGCCACCAUCACUAAAUACAUCACCAGGUUGCCUGUCUGACAGGCGCGCCAGCCACAACAUCCCGGAUUGGCAAGCCUGUUCAGGCCAACACUUGGGAGGGGUCCACGGGUUGUGACACAGUCAGUCAGUCAGUCAGUCACACAGGCACACAAGACAUAGAUAGACACAGAAACAGGCCCUGCCAGGCCCAUCCCAUCAUCCCCUCCCGCCCGUCCUCCAUCCCUCCUGAUCCGAUCCUCACCCCUUGGAUCCCUUGCUCCUCUUCUGCUACACUUGUUUCUACCUCGUGCCCAUCAUCGUCCCAAGGUUUUCUUGGCCAGCUCACCAUUCCCGUCUGGGGGGCUCAGUGCCUGCGUGUUUUCCGCAUAGUUCCUCGUGCUUGCAGUCGUCGAGCAGGCCAGGCCAGACAAGACCAGACACGGCUAUCCUGCAAACCGGGUGGUCUAGCCCGCUGCAUACCGUCGUCAUACAUCACCGCUGCUGACCUGGAAGGCGAGGGCAACCGCAACAAGCAACCGCAGCAAGCAACAGCAACAGCAACAGCAAUCCACCUCUCCACCACACCGAGCGGCCCUGUACAUCGCAGCCGCUGCGACCCCACCCCCCACCUCUAGGCCAGCCUCCUCGACGCCAGGCCUGACAAGCACAACCCGGCCAGCUACCCGAACAAGAAUCAACCAGGAUACCAACCAGGAUCCCACCAAGGCCACGCGGGAGACCGGUACACGGUAAUUCUCGCGCAACAUCCGCUGUCUAGUGUCUAGUGCCUAGUGCCUAGUGUCUUGUGCCAUAUACCCUACCGUCCGCCCUGGUCUGCUCACACACCUGCCGGCCUUGUUCCCUCACCUCUUCUCCUCCUCCGCCUGUCCCCCUCACCCCUCAGAAAUAUAUACCUCCUCCCAGGCACGGGAAAAGACCCCUCCCGGUGGCCUACUCUGUCUGACCCUGUCUUGGACCUGCCCUGGUCUGGCAUCUGGCCAAACCCGACCCAGGUCCCACACACCUGCUGCCGCAGAGAGCAGCCUCACAAGGUGGUGCCCGCCUCCGAAUCUCAGCCCUCCAUCCGAACCCGCCCGCCCUGCGUCGAUCUCCCGUUCUUGCAACCAAGCACCCGACCUCCCACCCAGACAGCAGCCACCAUGCCUGAGACCUUCCGCCGCUACGAGGAGCGUGACGUCUAUUACGAUGACGACCCGCCAAGAGGGCCGCCCAUGCGCAGAGGACCUCCUCCCCCGCGCGAGCGCGAGGAAGAGAUCUACUACAGGGAGGAGAGACGAUCACGUACCCCUCCUCCUCCCAUGACCCGGCGCAGCGAUGUUCAGGUUGCCGUUCGGGAAGAGGUAGACCGCGAGUCGAGGGUCCCUCACUUCAUGCGCGAGGAAGCCCGUCGGCCAGCCGAGGCUGGUCCUCUGGUCCUGCGCCAACGCGACGUCGAAACCGUCGAGCGAGCUAGGCCCCGGCCGAGGUCCCCCUCUCCAGUUGUGAGGGAGCGCAUCGUCACCAAGACGAGGGCGAGGAGCGUGAGCCCUGGGCCCCCACCCCCGCCUCCGCCAGAGAUCCGUGAGAGGGAGGAGAUCCGCACCCGGGUUGUUGAUCAUUCCCGGGAGCGGAUACGGAGCCCCAGCAGGGGGCCGGCCAUGGAUAGAGUGCGCAUGGGCACCCGGAUCAUCGAGCGGCCAGACCGUUCGCCCAGCCCUCCGCCGGUCAUGGAACGCACGCGCACCAGGGUCAUUGAGAGGGAGCGGUCACUCUCGCCGCGGCCGCUUCCGCCACCCGAGGUUGAGAGAAGCAGGCUCAGGAUUAUCGAACGGGAACGUGAGCGGGCCCCCACGCCCAGUCCAAGCCCCUCGCCACCUCCACCAGAGCCUCAGGUAAUCCGGGGUCCUACCAUUGAGAGGGAGGUCAUUACCCAUUAUCGAGACAUCGAUCACGGCCUGGUCGUCGCGCGACCUCCUUCUCCUCCGCCACCACCUCGUCGAGUGGAGAAGCGGGAAACAGACAUUGACAUCUACCACGGUCGUGGUGAGACCGAGAUAGACAUCACCAAGACGCGAUCCCACUCACACUCGCGUGCACGUUCGAUGUCCCGGGAACGGCCGAGGGUCUCGUACGACCCGCCUCCUGUCCGCGAUCACUCAUACUAUCACGAAGACGAGAUCAUGAUCUCAAGUGGACGCGAUAAGCUGAAGGUCGACAUUGAGCAUGAGCAUCGGAGCUCGUCCGCUCGGCCUCGCUCGCGGUCAGCCGCACCCGGUUAUGAUGACGAGGCGGACAUGAUCAGGGGCAGGAUUGACUCGCGAGGCCGCAUGGGCGAGGCCUGGGGCGGAGCCACCAAGGACUGGGUGGUUGUUGACGUGCCACCCGGUACCGAGAGAGUGCGCAUGGACGGCGUCGGUGGUGGCGCUGCCGAGCUGACCUGGCAGCGGUAUAAUGGUGCCCGCAAGUCAAAGUUCAUCCCUGAGCGUUCCAGUGAAAGUGCACUGGUGCCCUUGUCACCGCCUACCUCGUCAUCCACAACCGUCAUAUCUGACCGUGAGGCGUACGCUCCUCCGCGCGGUGACAGGGAGCGUGAUCGAUUGAGUGUGCAAAUUUACGACAAGGAACGAGAAGUCGAGGUUGAGAAAGUCAGUGAUAGGCGCAUCAGCCUACGGCCUACACCCCCGCCGCCUGCCCCCAUGCCGAAGCCCAGAGACAUGUGGACUGAGGUCACGAAGGACCUCGUGGUCAGAGAAGCCAUCGAUGAGCUUGGUUAUGACUAUGAAGAGACCGAGCAAUUCUUCUAUGUCAUGCAGUAUCUGAAAUAUGAGGACGUCCUCGAAUUGGUCGAGAUAUCGGACCGCAUCCGCGCUCGGAGAAAAGACCGCAUUCGAGAGAUCCAGUACGAGCGCGAAGUCCGCGACGAUUGGGAGCGCGACCGCCGCCAUCACCGCCAUCGUCCCAGGUGGGAUGAUGAGCGCGAGAGGGUUGUUGAGCGCGAGGUCGUUUACGACACGAGCCGCCCUCGCAGGUAUUGAUUUACUUCGACGAAUGGACGCAUUCUCCUCCAUCGGAUGUUCACGCAGCCUUAUGAGAAACUGAAAGCGAUACACUUCCGUAGUGUGGACCGGCGCAGUCCGUCAGAUAUUCUUUAACCCCUUUUGGACACGAUCACUCCCCUCCGCACCCGAGACUUGGAAUAUUUGCAUAUCAUUAUAUAGAGAGCGGCGGGCUACUUGACGGCUCCAAUCUAUUUUGCCGUGCUCGUAUUUCUGGUUUUGCUUUUCAGCCUGGAUACCCUGACAUCGGCAUUUUACAUCUGCAGAUUGCCUUGGCUACAGAACGACUCCGUUGAUCUAACUGGUUGAUCAACAGUACGUAUUUGUUGACUUGGUUGCAAAGCGCGCAACAUAGCGGAACGAAGACACGAAAUAUGGUGGUCGACGUCGAAGCGACGGCGGGGAUGCUGGGACGCAGACCGGGACAAGAUGAAAGAGACGACGGCAUUUGUUUUUUUUGCUAUACAUCAUGAUCAUUCCCUUGCAUGGAGCAGUCUCUGUGCGCACCGUUCCCCUUCAUCCGGGUGUUUGACGAUUUGACGAUCAAGAAAAAGUUGAGGGAGCCUUAUUAGCAAGCAGGAAGAACUGAGCAAGAGUCGGACUUGAUUUUCCUCUCUUUUUAGGCUGGGCGUUCAUGUACAGUGGUCUAUUUUCUCAUGAAAUCUACGAAGUUUAUGAUCAG